AUGACAUUUGGCGCGUGGAAUGUGCGCACACUUCUGGACCGCGAAGCAAAUGCCUGCCCUGAGCGAAAAACUGCCAUUGUAGCUCGGGAACUAAGUCGCUAUAAUAUUGAUGUGGCUGCACUCAGCGAAACACACCUCCCCGAGGAAGGAGAGCUGGUAGAAUAUGGCGGCGGGUAUACUUUCUUUUGGAAAGGACUCGCUUCCUCGGAGCCGCGAAGGUCUGGUGUAGGCUUUGCUGUCAAGAACUACCUUGCUGCUCAACUGCAAGAGUACCCUGUACACAUCUCGGACCGCAUUACCACAUUGCGCCUUCACAUGGAACGUGAAAGCUAUCUUAAUAUCAUCAGUGUCUAUGCCCCUACGCUGGACAAGUCUGAUGAUAUUAAGGAUAAAUUCUACGAAGAAUUGACGCGGUGCGUAAAUCGUAUUCGUCCAAGAGAGCAAAUCCUUCUCAUGGGCGACUUUAACGCCCGAGUAGGACGAGACUAUGACGCCUGGCCUAAAGUUCUCGGCAGACAUGGUGUUGGUAAAAUGAACAGCAGCGGCCAAUUGUUGCUUAGUCUUUGUGCACAAUUGGAUCUUGCAAUUACAAAUACUAUGUUCAGACUGCCUGCCAAGUACAAGGCAACGUGGAUGCACCCCAGAUCGAAACAUUGGCACCUUAUCGAUUACGCCAUCGUGCGUCAAAAAGACAUAUCUCAAGUCCAAGUCACCCGUGUCAUGCGUGGUGCUCAUUGUUGGACUGAUCACCGGCUUGUUAUUAUUAAAUUAAAUCUUCGUCUUCCACCUCCUUGUAGAGUGGGAAGAUCUAAACAGAUACGUCUGAACCUCGAACGACUCCAAGAUACUAACACGAAGGCUAAAUAUGCCGAAACCUUGAACACUGCUCUGCAGCCCCUCGAUCUAAAAUUAGGUGAGAUCGAUGUUGUCUGGGAGUCUCUAUCUUCUUGUGUUCUCGACACUGCUAAAUCUACUUUGGGUUUGAGAGUUCGAAAACAUGAGGACUGGUUUGAUGAGAAUGAUGAUACUGAGAUGAGGAUACUUACAGGCGCUAUUGAUAAACACCGUAGGCUCCUAAAGCAGCACAGUAGAACUCAUCAGAGUGGAGGUGCUAUGGAGUUGCGUCAAAGUGAUCUGGAGCUGCGCAAACUCGCACGACAAGCGAAAGACAAGUGGUGGCAGGAGAAGGCUCGUCAGAUGCAGUGGCUCGCUGAUACCAACCAGCUCGGUGAGUUUUAUGCUGAGGUGCGACAUCUACUCGGUACGUCCUCUAUGGCAAAAGUUCCACUGAAGUCAACUAGUGGUGGAGCGCUUUUUAAAAGCAGGGAGGAAAUACUCGGGCGAUGGGCGGAGCAUUUUAACACCCUACUUAACGUGGAUCAUUUUGUUGACCUAGACCACGUUCGCUGCCUACCUCAACAACCUUUCGCCCUCGAGCUAGAUGAGCCAAUCUCGCCUGGCGAGGUUGCUCUUGCCAUUAAGCAACAGCAAAAUAAACGCGCGGUUGGUGUUGAUUUUAUACCGGGUGAAUUAUUGAAGUAUGGCGGUGAGGAUUUGUAUUCAGCGUUAUGGGAACUUUUUGUCAUUAUGUGGGAAAAAGAACAAGUCCCUAAUACUUUUAAGGUAUCCCUCAUACGAGCCCUAUAUAAAGGCAAGGGUGACCGGUCAAACUGCAAUUCUUACCGUGGCAUUUCUCUACUUUCAGUGCCUGGAAAAGUCUUCGCCAGACUUCUUUUAAACCGCCUCAGGAAACUUUCUGAAAGGAUUUUGCCGGAAUCCCAGUUCGGCUUCCGACCUGACCGUGGUACCUGUGAGGCGAUUUUCUCAUUACGUCAACUACAGGAAAAAUGCAGAGAACAGGGUCGUAAUAUGUAUCUCUGUUUUGUAGACCUUGAGAAGGCAUUCGAUAGUGUACCACGUGAAGCCCUCUGGAUAGUGCUGCGGAAAAUUGGAUGCACGGAGAAGUUUGUGAGACUUCUGAGACUCCUGCAUGAUGGCAUGCAGAGCUGCGUCGCUGUAAACGCUGAUCAGUCAGAAUUUUUUCCCGUUACCUGUGGAGUAAAACAAGGGUGUGUCCUUGCACCCACACUUUUCGCGUUAUACUUUGCAGUUGUAGUCCAGGAAGUCUUAAAAACUACCCAUGAUGGAAUUCGCAUUCGUUUCCGCAACGAUGGCAAUCUUUUCAGCUUAGCUAGACUUAAGGCCCGUACGAAAGUGUCUUACGCACUUAUUACAGAGAUCGUCUACGCAGACGAUUUAUGUUUUGUGGCCGAUUCCCCAGCUGGCCUGCAACAGCUUGUGACCACCUUUCAUGAGUCGUGCCGUAUUUUUGGUCUGAAGAUAAGUGUUAAAAAGACGGAAGUGAUGUCUUUAGAUAUCUACGGUCAAGAGACACUGGCCGUCAAACUUGGUGAUGAUAUACUUAAGCAGAUCAAUACAUUUCGUUAUCUGGGGAGCACGAUAACAUCAAAGUGUGACCUUGAUGCUGAAAUCAACAGUCGAAUCGGUGCCGCGGCUGCGGUAUUCGGUAAACUGGAUCGCAAGGUCUUUGGCUCACAUGACCUAAAGCUGGCUACCAAAAUUGGUAUUUAUAAGGCGGUAGUGCUGCCUAACAUACUGUACUCUUCAGAGUCAUGGACAGUUUACCGCCGUCAUAUACGGACGCUGGAUCGCUUCCACUUGCAAUGUCUGCGCAAAAUUCUCAACAACCGUUGGUCUGAUCGCAUUCGGAAUACGGAAGUGCUGCGUAGAGCCUAUACCAUGGGGAUUGAAGCCUACCUUAUGGGGCGACAACUCCGUUGGUGUGGACACUUAUCGCGAAUGUCAGAUCAGCGUACGGCUAAGUGCAUCUUUUUCUCUGAACUUGAGAAGGGCAAGCGUAAGCAUGGCGGACAACUUCUCAGGUACAAAGAUGUACUUAAGCGCCACAUGACGAAGUGCGACAUUGAGCCUUCAGAGUGGGAGCAAGCAGCCGCUCGACGACCGGAGUGGAGAUCUUUGGUGAAAGCCAAGGUCAAAAUGUUUGAGGAGAAUCGAUGCUCUGAAUUGGACGCCCGACGUGAUGAACUCAAAGCACGCCCACCUUGUGCGAUUAACUAUAAUUUCUGUAAUGGUGUGCUCACCUGCCCGCAUUGCACGCGAACAUUUGUAAAUAAGAUCGGCUACGUUAGCCAUGCACGAGCACACCAACGACAAGAUCGGAGCUGA